GAAGGAACUGGUCAGCUUUCUAAGUUUGCAAGUUGCAUCGAGCAGUGGCCACUUGCAGGGAUUAAAAGCGCGGAUCCAACUUUCAAGACAAGGUCUGUAGCAAUCACCGAGCAACAGGGAGGGAGAGGAAGUGUUGUCAGAAGAUUGCGUACUUGCUUCGAGCUCGACACGCUAAAUCAGGCCUGAUCUUCUGGAAAAGCAGCCUACAGAUGGCGUCUCCAAUGGACGUCGAUGAACCAGGCCCAUCGGGACCUUCGCAGAGGGACAAAGGGAAGGGAAAAGUAGGAGGGCCCUCUUGGCAGGAGAAGGGAAAGGGAGUGGUCAGGGAAGGCGCCAGAGGAGACGGGGUUUGGGUAGAGAAGUACCGGCCCAAAGCGCUAAGUGAUGUUGCAGCACAUCGUGACAUCAUCGACACAAUUAGCCGGCUGACAAAGGAGAACCGGCUGCCGCACCUGCUGUUGUACGGCCCUCCUGGAACUGGGAAAACGUCCACCAUUCUCGCGGUUGCGAGACAGCUGUAUGGCGCGAAGGACUAUCAAAACAUGACCCUGGAGCUGAACGCGUCAGACGACAGGGGCAUCGACGUUGUUAGGCAGCAGAUACAGGACUUUGCUAGCACGCGGAACAUGUUCGGCUCUGGGUUCAAACUGGUCAUCUUGGACGAGGCCGAUGCCAUGACCAAGGACGCCCAGUUCUCGCUACGACGAGUCAUCGAGAAGUACACUCGAAACACCCGCUUCUGCCUGAUUUGCAACUACGUCAGCAAGAUCAUCCCUGCGCUCCAGUCCCGCUGCACCCGCUUCCGGUUUGCGCCCCUCCAUGCAGAACAUGUUACGGAAAGGCUACAGCACAUUGUCAACGAGGAAAGGUUAGAUGUGUCGGAAAACGGGCUCCCAGCUGUCGUACGAUUGGCGAACGGAGACAUGCGGAAAGCUCUGAACAUCCUGCAAUCGACGCACAUGUCGUCGCCCGUGAUCGACGAGAAGGCCGUGUACCUGUGCACGGGCAACCCGCUCCCGUCCGACAUCGAAAAGAUUGCGCACUGGCUGCUGAACGAGCCGUUCACCGUCGCGCACGACCGCAUUGCCGAGAUGAAGACGCUCAAGGGGCUCGCGCUCGUGGACAUCGUGCGCGAGUUGCAGCCAUGGAUUUUUCGCAUCAGCAUGCCGGCAAGUACAAGGAUCAUGGUAGUGGAUGCACUCUCAAAUAUCGAGUAUCGAUUGGCGUUUGGGACGAGCGAAAAGCUGCAGCUCGGUGCUUUAGUAGGUGCUUUUACGAAGGCGCGAGUACAAUUGAUUGCUGCCGCCGAGUAGUGGCAGCAAGCAGGUCUGCUGGGGAAGACGCCUAGCAAUGCUGACGCCAUGCAUCUGUCGCUAUUCUAAAAGUCUGUUCGUGUACAUAGUGCCGAAGUGUCCUUGUCCUUCAAGCGUACAGUUUGAAGUCAUUGUGCGACUUGAAAGUAAAAUGAAUCUUGGCAUGCCGCGCAUCUACACUUAAGUGGGAGCUGGCAGGGACGUAUGCAUGCAUGGUAAGCUUGAACGGGAGU